CUAGCUGGGGCUGUGUGGUUUCUGAUUCCACCUGGCUUAUUCUUCACUUUUUCCUACUUUUCCAGGCUCAGCAGGGAGCUGCUGGAUGAGAAAGCUGAAGUCUUACAGGACUCACUGGAUAGAUGUUAUUUGACUCCUCCUGGUUAUCUUGAACUGCCUGACUUAUGUCAGCCCUACAGAAGUGCCUUUUACUCAUUAGAGGAACAGCACCUUGGCUUGGCUCUUGACGUGGACAGAAUUAAAAAGGACCAAGAAGAGGGAGAAGACCAAGGCCCACCAUGCCCCAGGCUCAGCAGGGAACUGCUGGAGGUAGUAGAGCCUGAAGUCUUGCAGGACUCACUGAAUAGUUAUUAUUCGACUCCUUCCAGUUAUCUUGAACUACCAAAUUCAGGCCAGUCCUACGGAAAUUCCUUUUACUCAUUGGAGGAAUAACACAUUGGCUUUUCUCUUGAUGUGGACGAAAUUGACAAGUACCAAGAAGGGGAAGAAGAUCAAAACCCACCAAAUUCAAAACCCAUCAAAUUCACACAUAACAAUAUUAACCUUAAAUGUAAAUGGGUAAAUGCCCCAAUUAAAAGACACAGA